CGGGAAAGGUGAAAUCGAGUAAUUAGUAACAAACAUGGCAGGGUUUGAUGAUCUGCCUACAUGGGGAGGUAACUUUGCUGAUGAUGAUGGAGAUGAAGAUGAAGGAGAGUAUCAGACUCAGACAAGAUGGGGUAGUAAAGAUGGGUUGAUAUUUCUCAUAGAUUGUACAGAGUCGAUGUUUGAGAAAUCUGAGGAACAGUCAAACUUUGAGCUUGCAAUAAAGUGUGCCAAGAAUGUGAUCCAGAAUAAGAUCAUCAGCAGUGACAAGGACCUCAUGGGAAUAGUCUUCUAUGGAACAGAAAAGGAGAGCAAUUCAAGUGACUUUAAACACAUAUAUGUGAACUUUGAUCUUGAACUGCCUGGUGCUCCAAGAGUGUUGGAACUUGAGGCUUUCCUAGAAGAACCUGAGAAUAAUGACUUCUCUAGUAAUUAUGGCCACAAUGAUAACUACUCUCUCAGUGAAGCUAUGUGGACCUGUCAGAAUAUGUUCUCUAACUGCUCUCAAAAGAUUGGCUACAAACGAGUGUUACUUUUUACAAAUAAUGACAUCCCACAUUCCCAUAAUGCAGCACUACAGCGGCAGGCGAUAAAGAAAGCGAAGGAUCUCGCUGAGACGGGAGUUGAGUUAGAACUGAUGCAUAUGCAGAACCCUGGACAAACAUUUGAUGUCACAUUAUUCUACAGGGACCUGUUGAUAGAGCUAGACUCUGAAGACACCACAGUACUGCCAGACCCUUCACAGAAGUUUGAGGAGCUUUUGACCAGAGUGAGGAGUAAAGACCACAAGAAGAGAGCCACUGGGAGGAUUCCAUUAACACUGGGGGAGGGCAUGCAACUGUCUGUUGGAGUGUAUAAUCUGGUGCGCACUUGUACGAAGCCAGCUGCUGUUAAACUUUAUAAGAAAACCAAUGAAGAAGUGAAGACUGUCUCUAAGACUGUCCUUACAGAAACAGCAGAGGUUCUGAUGCCCCAAGAUCUCAAGGUCAGCCAGGAGUAUUCUGGGAGAAAAAUUUGCUUUGAAAAUGAGGAAGUUCGCGAAAUGAAAAACUUUGGUGCUACAGGUUUGCAUUUGAUGGGUUUCAAGCCUACAUCAUCUCUUAAGAGAUACCUCCAUACGAAACCUGCUCAGUUCAUAUACCCAGAUGAAUCUAUAAUUGAGGGAAGUAUAACCGCAUUCUGUGCCUUGUUGAAGAAAUGUAUAGAGAAAGAUGUGAUUGGCUUGUGUAAAUAUAUAAGAAGUAAAAGCUCUACCCCAGUCUUUGUGGCUCUUUUACCACAGGAAGAAGAAUUUGACGAGAACAAUGUACAGGUGACGCCCCCUGGAUUCCAUGUCAUAUUCCUACCAUUUGCAGACGACAUGCGGAAAGUCACGCAUGAAAACACACCAAGAGCCAAAACAGACCAGGUUGACAAAGCGAAGGAUUUGAUCAAGAAACUGACAAGACCAUUCCGUAGUGAGGACAUUGAGAACCCAGCCCUACAGACCCAUUAUGCCAACCUAGAGGCAUUGGCCCUUGAUAGAGAUGCUCCAGAUUCUGUUCAAGAUUUAACAUUACCUGAUGAAAGAGGUAUCACUAAGAGAGCUGGCAAGAUCAUAGAGGAGUUCAAAGAGCUUGUGUUCCCUGAGGGCUAUACACCUGGUGCCAAGAGGAAGGCUACCCCAGCUGGUGGAGCUGCCAAGAAAGCCAAGGCAGAAUCACAGGAUAUUGACAUAAGAAAGGAGGCUGAAGAUGGGAAGCUUGGUAAACUGACUGUGCCAGUGUUGAAGGAAGCUGUGAAAAACUUAAAGAUUAAAACAACUGGGACUAAAAAAGCAGACUUAAUAGAUGCAAUAACUGAUCACUUUGAUCUGUGAGGCCUGGUGUGAUAAACAGUCUCUGAAACUGUGGAGUUUAGUCCCCUCUUGUAUGGUUUAUAUGGUGAACUAGGUAUUUAAUGUCUCCACAUCAGUUCAAUAUCAUCUGUGACCAACAGUAUUUUAUUUUGUCAAUGAGAAUCACAUAAAGCCUGGUGCAUACACAAAUCACUUGAGGAGACCCGUCACAGUUGUCGCCCCACAUUUUUAUACACGAGGAGGUUUAUAUGGGAAGAGACUUUCCACACUUGAUAUUGCGAUAUUACAAUGUAAUCUUGUCAGACUUGUCAAGACAUUGUUUAUACUCAGAUAUACAAUGUUCAUAUAUGGGCUUGCAGCUUAAGUUGAAUGACUAAAACAAUUAUGAAUGUCCACCAAAUUCCACUCCAAAGCAUUUUCAGUUCUCAACCUUGGAGGGAAUACUAUAUUUGCAACAUUGUUCAGGCUGUCCAUAAAGUCUCUACUCUAUACACAAACUCUGUAUUGUUAUUGUAGAGACUCUACGGACACCUUGAAUGUCAGUGUAUGAAGGAAAAUAUAAAUGUUUAAUUGCCAAAUAUGAAUUUAAAAAUUCAAAUGCCAUAAUUACUUGUAAAAUAGAAUAUGGAUUGAAUGCGCUUAGAAUGCAUUUUCCAAAGAAUGUUAAUGUAUUUAAAUGUUCAAGAGAGACUUCUCUUAAAAUAAUCAAGGAAUCAAUAUUCUUUUGUGUUCAUACUGUAAAUAUGUGGAUAUUCCAGAAUAUCAAAUCCUGGUGUUCCUUAUUCUUUAUAUAAAUUCAAUAUUACAUGUAUGUCAUGAUAAUAUGUUAGUGAUAAUUAUGUACAGGUCAUUAUAAUUGCUAGUGGUAGUUUAGAUUCCAUGCUGAGACAAUAAUGAUUUGAUGUGUUUUAAUGUUUAAGUGUUUUUCUUAUUCUAACUUACAGUAAAUUCAUGUUGUUAAGAUACAUGUAGUUGUCUUUCAAAUGAGCGAAUCAAGUUUUUAUUGACAAUAAAUCUGUCACAUCUGUUGUAGUUAUUUUCCUUACAUUUUAAAAUUGUACAUGAGCAUAAUAUCAAAUAGCUACCUAUGAAUUCUACACAUUAUGAGGAAAAAUCAUAUAUUUACAUUUUGAUUAAGUUAAGAUGCGUCUGUUAUCAGAAUUUUGAAUUUUUUAUAAAAAGUCUGGCUUCAGGUAUGUGCUUUCUCUGUUGGUCAGUGUGACCCAGUCAGCUGUCUGAUAUAGUUACAUUUUUCAUAUAACGUAUCAUUACAGUUUUUUUUUUAUCAAAAAUGAUACAUUCAUAUCAUUAGUUCAAAUUGCUUUUAUUAAAGGUAGCACCAGAUUCAGUGAGUAACCCUUGCACAACUUUUAGAAUAUUUCGAGUUCAUCAUUGUAACUUUUUUCUAAAAAGAUUUUUACACUUAUGUGUUUUUCUUUCUUUAAAUCUGGAUGUCCAUAUAGGAGAAUUUACACAUAUUUGGACUUUAAAAAUCUUGAAUAAUUUAACCAUUUGAUAAGCUUUGAUCCUGGAUAUAUUUAAGAUGGUAAAGAAUACAUUGAUAGGUCAGUUGUACAUACUGUAGUUUUGUCACCCCCUAUCCUAUAUCUGAAUCUGUGUGCUACAACUGUUUAUAUCCAGUCUGAUUAGCUGUAAUGUUGUAUGUAUUUUGUAGGAAAUAUACAUAUUAUUUUAUAUACAAACCA